AUGGAGACCGACGAUGUCUUCGCACCGCAGCCGCCGCAGCCGCAGGCCGUACUGCAGACCGCACCGCUGAUGUUCCCAGCCGGCAUGAUUGGCUACCCGCCGAUGUCUCGCACACCCUGCUACAAGACCUACACCACCGACUUCGACUACGACGACGAGAUGAUGGGACCUCCGCCACCCACCGACGAGGAGUUCGACCUCCUUCACCCACUGCCAGUCAAGAAGAUGUACUUCCAUCCUGGUCUGUUUCCUGCAUUCACCAAGCGUGGUCGCGAGGUCGUCUUUCGGGUGCUCAACCUCCCUGAGCUCUUGGAGAUGAUCCUUGAGAACCUCGACAUACAAACUCUCAUCUUGUCGCAGCGCGUCAACCGCAGAUUCGGAGUCAACAUACACUCGAGUCUCAAGCUUCAGAAGUUGCUGCACCAGGCUGUAUGGGACCCUAAAGCGGAGCGUGAGAAGACGGAUCUUGAGCCCUUCUACUUCAACAACCUCCUGACGAACCAUUGCACGACUGCUCGCAACCUUGGCUUCAUCGUCACGCGUCACGCUCGUGGUGAUAGUGGUCUGUGGGAGUUUCGCGUGUGGAUCACCACCUCUCAGCUCCUGAAGCCACCAGUCCGUUCAAGCGUCUACUGGGCGCAUUUCUGUACUCCUGGCUACCGCUCCCUCGAGAUCGGCCCAGAGCUCUGGGAGGAGGAUAAGCACGUCAUCAAGGUCUACUACAAGGACAUGGACCCUGACAAGCCUCUCCUCGUAUUGAACACCAUGCAACCAAGCAUGAACCAUGUGUACCACUACAUGGAGUACUUCCGCCCCCACAUGGUCACCACCGAGGAGGAGCUUCACGGCGGCAUCACCCUGGGCGGCUUCGCGUACGAGCGCUUCAUGGAUGGCCGUGCAUACCAGGCGAAGCUCGUUGCGGAGGAUGUGGUGCGUGCUGAGGCUGUGGUGCAGAACACUCGGAUCCAUCGCGCUGUGCGUCGUGCUGGUAAGUUGGGAGAAGCCUCUUCUUCAUCUUCUUCUUGA